UAAAUUUUGCUUUUCAUUGAUUUUUGUAGAGGUAUUAAAUUAAAACUUAUGACAAAGCCGGUGGCUGGGAAAUCUAUUGCAGGUAAAUCAAUUCCUAAAGUGAAGCCAACUAAAUGCGAUAAAAAAAAUAAAAAUGUUGCUAAGAAAUCAAUUGAUUCAAAAGGAAAAAAUCUUACUGACAGUGAUGGAAUGGCCUCACCACCAAUUAAAAGUACUUCAAGCUGUAAAUUAUGGUCUUUUCAUCAAGAAAUUGCUGGAAUGAUGUAUGCAUUUGGUGACUGCCGUAAACCAUCACAUGAAUCGGUUUCUCUAGUUGAAGAUAUAGUACAUCAGCAGAUGACUAGUGUGCUGGUGCAAGCAGCAGAAGUGACUAACACAAGAGGAGGAAAGUUUACUAGUAUUGAUGAUAUCUUAUUUAUUUUGAAGAAUAAUAAGUGUAAACUUCAGAGAGUUAUUCGAUAUCUUAGAUUAAAGGACCUAAAGAGCAAGACUAUUAAAUCAGCUUCACCAGAUGAAGAAGAUAUUUUUGAGACAAUAGCUGGUGAUAAUAUAAAAGGUGACUCAGGAAAAAGAUUGAAAAUGGCUUUUGAUUUCUUAAGUUCUAUAGAUGAUAAUGGUGAUUUGAUAUCUUUAUUUGAUGAAGAAGAUAUUUUUGAUGAAAUAAAACAAGCCAGGCAAAAGCGUGCUGACAGAAUGUCAAAAUGUCUUGACACACAAGCUUAUAUGGAUUUUUCUGAAGCAAGACAAAUGAGUUUUGCAAAAAAAAUUGGGAAAUUUAAAGAUUGGUUAGGAAUUGGAUCUGGAACUGAUACCAAAACUAGUACAGCUGUUGUUGAAAUUUUGAGCUACCUUGCCUAUGAAACUGUGAAUGAGAUUGUUGAUUUAGCUUUGCUUGCAAAAGAAGACUGUGAAAGAAUGAACUUAAUUUCUAAAGUUCUUCCUGUUUCCAUUAACCCUCUUUCUGAACAUGCUUUGUAUUCCACAGCUAAACAUCCUUGCAUACCUAAAGGCGCUUUACCAACUCCCACACAAUCACCUCCAGAGACGCCAACAAGUUCUAUAUCCAGCAAUGAAGGUUUGGUUAACUUAACUUCUCCUAUACAAGGUGGUCUUGCAUCAUCAUUAGGAACAGCAUCUCUUGCAUCAUCUCUUUCUAGUUUAGCUAAAACUCCAAAAUCAAAAAAAAAGAAAGUGAAGAAUUUUUCAAAUUCAAACACUGAAUUAAAUAGCCAAAGAAUACAACCCCUUCAUAUUAGAGAAGCUGUAAGAAGAUACACCGUGUCAAAAUAUCCUAUAACACCUUUUUAUGGUUUCUCUCGCUCUACAUUAUCUCACAAGACAUUGUGCCUUUAAACAACAAUACAAGUUCUAAUACAAUGAGAUUAAGCAAAAACUGGCAAUCUUUAACAAACAAAGUGAAUCCCACGGACGAUAUCUUAUAUGUGUGGGCCCCGUAAACGUCCGAAUGUGUAGCUAUUCCUUUAGUUCGUGCAACAAAGCCAGAAAGCAAGGUGAUGCAAAAUCAACAGAGCUGUUUUUUGUUGAUAAACUUGAAAAAAGACAAACUAGGUCUGCAUUUUGUUACAGCUGUUUAAUGGAUUUUUUCAACAAACUUUGACCUUUUUACCUAAUCGGUUUUUGGACGCUUUUUGUUUUUUUAUUCCAUUUUUUAGUGUUGGUCGUAUUCAUUAAUUUGUAUCCAACAUGUUAAUUUUAAUAUUUUAAAAUGGUAUUAUAGUAAUAUAUUGAAGAAUGUACUCUAAAUGUUAAUCUAAGCCUACCUGCGUCAAAAAAUUUAUAUUUUUGUUAAUUUUUUUUUUAAUAACAUUGUUGAUAUCAGUU